AUGUUAGGGAUUCAAGAAGGAAGAGCAUUUUUUAGUGCUACAAAGAAUCCAAAUAGUAAACCAGAAAAUAAUAUAAGAAUAGAAGAAAAUUUACCGAGUCUUAAUGAAGUAUAUAAUUAUUUUCAAGAUUUUUUAUCAAGAUAUUCUUCUAAUACUUUAAAAGAAGGAAAUUUAAAAAGAACAUUGUUUGAAAAUGUAAAAAAUAAUAAUUUCACUUUAGAUUUAAAAUUAGAUGAUAUAUAUAAACAACAAACUGUAUUUGAAAAUAAUGAAAUUAGCGCAACACCUAGAUCUGAAAGAAAAAUGAAAAAACCAGAAAAUUAUUCAGCAAUUUUAGCUAGAGCUUUGUCAGAAAGACCAUUAACAUAUUUGCCAACAAUAGAAAGAGUAUGUUAUGAAGUGUGUGAAACAGCUAAUAUUUUAAAUGACGAAGACGAGCAUUUAAAUUAUAUACAAAUUAAUUUAUUAAAUACUUUUAUAAGACCAACACCAAUAAGAGGAUUACUAGCAGCAACACAAGAAAGAUUUGUUGUUGUUCCAGGGAUAAUUGUUCAAGCUAGCAAACCCCAACAUAAGAUGAGGAAAAUUACUUUACAAUGUAGAUAUUGUGAUCACAAAAUGUCCAUUGAUGUACCAUUAUGGAAAGAUAAACCUCAAUUACCACCAUAUUGUAGAUAUUCAUCUACUAUGAAAUCGUCAAUGGGAGCAGCAAAUCCAAUGGAUAGCCAACUGGGAUGUAAUGGUGUUUUAGAACCAUAUGUUAUUUUACCAAAUGAAUGCACUUUUGUUGACAUACAAUCAUUAAAAAUGCAAGAACUACCUGAAGCAGUUCCAACAGGUGAUAUGCCUAGGCAUUUACAAUUAAAUGCAACAAGAUACUUAUGUGAGAAAAUGAUUCCAGGUGACAGAGUUUAUGUUCAUGGUGUUUUAACUUCUUACAACCCAAACCCCAAACCUACUAGAGCAGAUGGAACAAAUUUUUCUUAUUUGCACGUAUUAGGGUUUCAAAAGUAUGAUGACAUGACAGGUAAUGAUUUAAAUUUUGAUGUAGAAGAAAGAAAUGAAUUAACACUACUUGCAGCCGAACAUGAUAUACAUGAAAAAAUUUUUAAAUCUGUUGCACCAGAAUUAUAUGGAAUGGAUGAAGUAAAAAAAGCAUGUGCAUGUUUAUUAUUUGGUGGAACAAGAAAAAGAAUUGGUGAAGAAACAAAAAUUAGGGGAGAUAUUAACAUGCUAAUGCUUGGAGAUCCUUCAGUUGCUAAAUCGCAAAUAUUAAAAUUUGUAAAUAGGUGUGCACCUGUUUCUGUUUAUACAUCUGGUAAAGGUAGUAGUGCUGCUGGUUUAACAGCAGCUGUUAUGAGAGAUAGCCAAGGAGUUUUUUCAUUAGAAGGAGGUGCUAUGGUACUAGCUGAUGGUGGUGUUGUUUGUAUCGAUGAAUUUGAUAAAAUGAGAGAUGACGAUGUUGUGGCUAUUCAUGAAGCAAUGGAACAGCAAACAAUUUCCAUCUCAAAAGCAGGAAUUACCACUAUGUUAAAUACAAGAUGUGCUGUUAUUGCUGCAGCCAAUCCUUCUUUUGGUUCGUAUGAUGAUUCUCAGGAUACUACGGAUCAGCAUGAUUUUAAAACUACUAUUCUUUCAAGAUUUGAUAUUAUUUUUUUAUUAAGAAAUAAACAAGAUGUAGAAAAAGAUACAUUGUUAUGUAAUCAUAUUGUCGCCUUACAUGCAUCAAAACAUAAAUCUCAAGAAGGAGAAAUCCCUUUAUCUAAACUUACAAGAUACAUACAAUAUGCUAAAAGGGAAAUUGCCCCAUUACUAUCAAAAGAAGCAAGAGACUCUUUAAGGAAUUUUUAUGUGCAAACAAGAGCUGAAUAUAGAGGAGAUAGAAGAUCAGUAACAAAAAAAAUUCCCAUCACUCUAAGACAAUUAGAAUCAUUAAUUCGAUUGGCAGAAAGUUUCGCCAAAAUGGAAUUAUCUCAAUUUGCUACGGAAAAACAUGUUCAAAUGUCAAUUGAUUUAUUUUCAGCAUCAACUGCUGAAACUGCAAAACAAUGCUUGAUAUUUGAAACAAUGUCUCCUUUGGAGCAAAAAGCAGUGAAGCAAGCAGAAGAUGCAAUAUUAGGGAGACUAGGGAAAGGACAAAGAGCAUCAAGAGUAAAUUUAUUUAGAGAACUACAAUUAAGGGGUUUUGAUAGAUCAGCUUUAUCAAAAGCUUUGGCUAUACUGAUUAAAAAAGGAGAACUUCAAGAAAGAGGUGAUCGUUCAGUUAGACGCCCAUAA